AUGAUGUCACGCCUAAUGACAAAACUUAACGAUUCUUAUUCCAUAAUACUGCUACGUAGUGUGUUUCCAAAUAGUCCACUGCCCCCGUGGCGUCUCGAUCCCUUUGUGGAGAUCGAAGUCGGCUCAGACCGAGAGACAGCGAUAGAACAGGCCGAGGCCAUCCGCUCAACAUCAGACAUCAUCGUCUAUUCGGACGCUUCAGGACGCGACGGUCAAUUAGGAGCCGCGGUGGUAGCAUUCAACGACAACAUGGAGAUAAUUGAAUCCCAACAGAUCCAGGUUGGGCCGAUGGACCGCUGGUCAGUCCACGUAGCGGAGGUGAUAGGCAUCUUCCACGCGGUCGGCACCGUCUUCAAGAUGGCCCACCAGAGGGUAAGACCAAAAGGAGGGCAAGUGACAGCAACAAUCCUAUGCGACAGCAGUUCGGCCUUGCAAGCAAUCAAGAACAUGAGAAACAAGUCAGGGCAACGGAUCGUUCACGCCAUCCACCAAGCCGCCACCGAGAUCCAAAACGCAGAGAUCGCACUGCGCCUUCAGUGGGUGCCGGGACAUUGUGGCAAUCCCGGUAACGACGCUGCGGACCGAAUGGCAAAGCACGCCGCUAGCCCAGGCAAAUCUCACCCCUUCCGCCUGCUACUCACAAGGGAAAGGGCGUUCAUCCGUAGAAACAUCGCCGCUCAGUGGGAGCAGGAAUGGAGAACAUCCAGUAAAGGUGGUCAUCUGCGGAAGAUUGAUGAUGCUCUACCGGCGACGCAUACUAGGAAGCUAUACGGAAGUCUGCCAAGGGGCCGGGCGUACCUGCUGACGCAGCUACGCACGAGCCACAACUGGCUGUCCACCUACCGCAAGAAGAUUGGCUAUGGCGAUGACGACCGUUGCGAUUGUGGCGCGCAAGAGACAGUCAUCCACGUGCUUGUGGACUGUCCAAUGUUGGUGGAGUUACGGAGGAAGCUAAGGAGAGAAGUGGGAGACGCGUUCAAUAGCGUGUCGAGUCUGCUAGGAGGCUCAAAACAAGGUGAAAAAGGUAAACCAGACACCGUCUCGCGAGCCAAAACGGUCCAGGCCGUGCUGGACUUUGCUGAGGCGUCACAACGGUUUCGCAGUCGCGCGCCACGAGGGCAGCCUAACAACGGGAACGGCAACUAG